AUGAUAUCAGAUGUCCGCUUUCUGACACCUUCCCAUCUGGUCUGGCUAUUAUUAUUUGUGUGUUUACCUUGUUAUAGUCAAACAACUGAAUAUAAAAUUUGCCAAGAUGUCAAAGCAAUUAAGUACUAUUAUGAUUUCCUGUCGCAACCUUCUCGAGCUUUGUGGAUCGCCAUGCAAAUGAGCAAAACGCCUUUUGAAGAUUGCCCCGUUGCGCUAAGAAAACAGGAACAAUUGACCGACGAGUACAAGAAGAUCAACCGCUUCCAGAAGGUGCCAGCCAUCUUGGAUGGUGACUUUCAGCUGGGUGAAAGUGUCUCCAUAGUGCGUUAUCUCUCGGACAAAGGUGUGUUCAGCGAGCAGCUGUAUCCCAAGCUAUUGCAGGGUCGUGCCCGCGUGGACGAGUUCCUGGAGUGGCAGCACUUCAAUGUCCGAUACGUCUGCUCCCUGUUCUUCCGCCAAGUUUGGUUGCUGCCGGCCAAGGGCCUGGCUCCGCCUCCAAAACCAGAGGCAGUUCAGAAGCUAAUCAAGGAUGUGGAGGCCAAUUUGGGACUUGUCGAGCGCAUCUGGUUGGAGAAGGACUUCCUGAUUGGGGACAAACUCACGGUGGCCGAUAUCUUUGGCGCUUCGGAAAUCAAUCAAAUGAAGCUCUGUCAAUACAAUGAUGAGAAGCAAUUCCCCAAGAUAGCCAAGUGGCUGGAACGUGUCCGGGAGGCCACCAAUCCUUACCAUGAUGAGGCCCAUAGCUUCCUGUACAAGGUCUCCAAGCAGGGUGCCAAAGCCAAGAAUUAAAUAGAAGAUUUCAGCUUCAUUUUUUGUUUGCAUUUAUUAAAUUUUUAAGACAUCACUGUAA